CUUGCUUUGAAAAAUAAAAACAUUUAAAAAAGGUGGAGAAAGAGCUGCUUGAGCUGUGAAAUUAACUUUACCUUUACGUAUCAAAAGGUGGACGUGACGUGCUGUCUGUCGCGCGCACGCACGCACACACGUAGACAAAAAUAAAGGCGGUUUGCAAAGAGGGCUGCAGCCCGCUGGGCUGCGUGGAUCGCACUCAACUCAGCCCAAAUGACCGCAAACGGUUAACGGAUGGAUUAUAAGAUGGAUGGAUAUUUGGACCAGCAAGUGCCUUACACUUUAGCAAAUAAAUCGCAUGGAAAUGGGCCCCUAAAUAGACUGUUGAUGGCAGCGAAAAGGAAAUACAUGGACACAGAAUUACCCCCUCAGGAAUCUGAAGACCUCUUCCAGGAUUUAAGCCAGCUCCAAGAGACAUGGCUCACAGAAGCUCAAGUUCCUGACAGCGACGAGCAGUUUGUUCCCGAUUUCCAUUCAGAGAACUCGGUGGCAUUUCACAGCCCUCCGGUCACCAUCAAGAAGGAACCGCAGAGCCCGGGCUCUGACCCCAGCCAGUCCUGUAGCCACAAGCAGAGCUUCAGCUACCCGGGCGGAGAGCAGUGCCUUUAUGCCAGUGCCUAUGAGCAGAAAAGGGCCGCAGGAGGAGCCAAGAGCUCCUGCCCUGGGACCCCCAUGUCUCCCAUGCAGCAGCAUUACUCCCCGAAACCUGCCACGGCCGGACGGCCCGAUGCCGGCUACAUGAACCCCGCUGCCGCCUCCCAGCCGUUGCCCAGCAACAGUUACCCCAUCAACGCCAGCUCCAGGUACCAGGGCCCCUCAGGAGACCCCAUGUGUCCCCAGUUCCCACCACCAGGCCCGGCCUUUCAACGCAUGCCGUCUGCCCCAGCGGGUCAUGGUGGCAGUGGAGCUGGUGGAGGUCCGGGUGGCGGGGGCGGAGGCGGAGGAGGAGGUGGUUAUCACCGGCAGCACUCCGACCCCUGCAUGCCUUACCUGCAGCACAGCUUUAAGCAAGAAUACCUGGACCCGUUGUACGAGCGGGCGGCCCACAUGGCGGGGCCUGGGCACAGGGGCGGACCGGGACACGGACCACACCCCCACCAACACCCGCACCAACACCCCCACCCACACUCGCAACCUAACCCACACAGGUUCCCCCCAGCCCACGUGAUGGUGAAGCAGGAGCCCACAGACUACACCUACGAACCUGAUGUGCCUGGAUGUCCCUCUAUGUACCAGCACAGUGAGGCCUACGCAAACCCGCAGCACAGCAACGAAGGCUAUCUGUUUGAAAGUGACUCCCGUGUGGUUCCAGAGAAGUUUGAAGGUGAGGUGAAGCAGGAGGGCGGUGGCGUUUUCCGCGAGGGCGCACCUUACCAGCGCCGAGGCUCUUUGCAGCUGUGGCAGUUCCUGGUGGCCCUGCUGGACGACCCGGGCAACGCCCACUUCAUCGCCUGGACCGGCCGCGGGAUGGAGUUCAAGCUCAUCGAGCCCGAGGAGGUUGCCAGGCUGUGGGGCAUGCAGAAGAACCGUCCAGCCAUGAACUACGACAAGCUGAGUCGCUCUCUGCGCUAUUACUACGAGAAGGGAAUCAUGCAGAAGGUGGCAGGGGAGCGCUACGUUUACAAGUUUGUGUGUGAGCCCGAGGCCCUCAUCUCGCUGGCCUUUCCCGACAAUCAGCGGCCCAGCCUGAAGGCCGAGUUUGAGCGCUACGUCAACGAGGAGGACACGGUGCCCCUGUCCCACCUGGACGAGGGAGGGCCCUAUGCAACGGAACAAGCCCCCCAAAACAUGGGCUCUCAGGCCUACUCCAAAGGCUACAUGUACUAAAUGCCAGCCACCCCCCCCCCCCAACUUCUCCUCCCCUUUCUCCCCCAACUUCUCCUCCCCUUUCUCCCCACCCACAGACAUCUUGUUGUACUGACCCAGCAUCAUACACACCCUGAAAUCCCAUGCACCUCUUGCACACACACACACCCCCCCCCCAUCCACUUGUAUAUAAGGCUGUGGCGUUUUGGUUUUAAAUUAAUCUCAUUAGGGAUUUCUUUUUUUUAUGUUCAAGAGCUGCAUUCUUCUCCCAUCUGAGGCCUCUUCGCUCCAUCAACGUGACUGUGGUUGGAGAGAUUGCGUAAUAAAUACCCGUAAUACCCAAA